AUGGAUUAUAAUCAACAAAACAGUGAUGGUGAUAAUUCGACAGUAACCUUCAAGCAACCUCAAAAUUCUUUACAUUUAACAUUAUCAACCACAUCAACAUUAGAUUCAACAUCGAAAAAAACAAAUUCUCUUAUGAUAUCAAAACAAUCCAAUCUUAAUAUUGAUUAUGCAAUAAAUCGAAUUAAAUCAUUACGCAAACGUUAUUAUCAACAACAAAAACAAAUAGAACAUUGCACAUCAUCUCAUUCAACAAAUACUAGAAGUACAUUACCUUCUACUACAACAAUAAUGAAAAAAACUGAAAAACAACAAAAAUCAUUAAAAAAUUUUUCUAAAAUACAAACACAAGAAGCUCGCCCAUUAGGUAUUUGUCUACGUAAAUGUAUUCAAUGUCGACAAUUUAAACAUAUUCUAUUAGCUGAAUGUACUGUUUGUUAUCGAAUGAUGGAUAUUGAUUUAAAAGAUUGCAAAUGUCAAAUAGUUACUAACAAGAAUAUUAUUGAUCAUUUUAUAUGUUCAAUAUGUAAUAGUGAAUUAACACUCGAUGAAUAUAUUAUUUGUGCUAAUCGAACAUGUCAAACAACAUUAUCAACAUUGAUAAAUAAAGAAAGUAUGAAUGAAAUUGAAGAAAAAUCUGUACUUUCUACUAUUCUUACAAAUAUAUAUUAUCCUAAAUCAACACAUAGAACAGUUGCUAUACAAGCUAAUACAUUAAUCAAUUUACCAUCAGUUCAAAAAUUUUUACCAACUAUCAUAGAUGAUGAAAAUGAGAAAUCAUCAUCAUCAAUGUCAUGGUCUAAACAUGAUUCAGAUUGGACAAUAAUUACAUCACCAGAUUCUUCAGACAUCUCUUCUAUGAGUAUUGAUAGUAAUAUUAAUGUAUCCUUGGAUAAUAUUACAAGGAAUGUGACAGCUGCAUUUAAUUCCAAUCAACCAACAAAAUUAACUUUACAAUCUGAAGAUAAAUUACGACAACAUCAGUCACAAUUAACAAAUACUAAUGAUAAAAUAAUAAAUAAUAAUCUAGAAUUUAUUGAAAUGCCAAAAUCACCUCGAUGUUUACCAAUAAUGAAUGUUCAUAGUCGUCAUGAUCGACUAUCGACAUUACUUAAACUAAAAAAGAAUGAAAUAUGUCAAACACAAUUAUCUUGUCUAAUGGAUAUUGAUGAAAUGAUUCGAUGUGAUGAAUUAGUCGAUCCAAUUGUUAUACGAACAAACAAUCUAACUCACAUUGAACGUCAAAUUCAAGUAGAUACAAUUAGAGGACGUUUUCAUGGUUUAUGUCAAACUCGCAUUGAAAUAGAUGAUCGUAUUGAAAAAGAUUCAACAAUAAAUUUAACAAAUGAUGACAGAAUUUUACAAGCACUUAUCGAUAGAGAUGGACAACGAUGGUCUGAAUUAAUUGAUCAAUUAAUAAAUGAACAAUCAAAUUUUUCAUUAAGUGAUAUUGCACAACAAUUACUUGAUACUAUUGAACGUUUAUAUACUACUGAACGAUUAAAUAAUUUAACAACUGGUCAAUUACAACGUAAAGUUCGUUAUGCAAUGUCUCAAUUAAAACAUAUUGAUGAAAAUUCAUAUUUACGAAAUAAUUUUAAAACAACAAAAACUAAUCAUACAAAUAUAAAUUCAAGAAAACAAACAGAAUGUAAUGGUACAAUGGAUAUGGCAGUAACAGUAAGACAAAUUGAUAAACAUCAAACAACAGCAUCACCUGAUCAUAUUUGGAAAUCAUAUGUUGAUCGUUUAUUCGAUCAAGGUCAUUCAGCUAAUGAAAUUCAACGAUUAUUACAUAAAGCAGCAGAAAAAACGAUGCAAUGUGAUGAUUAUCGUUUACAAGAUGUUUUUAAUUAUAUAAAUACAAAAACAAAACAACAACGAGCAAAAACUGCACCAUCCAAAAUUGCAUUCAUUGCAUCUUCACCAAAAACGAUACCAGUAACAUCUGAACAAUCUCAAUCAACGAAUUUAUUUCAAUCAAUAAAAUUCAACAAAACAUUGGAUAAUAGUAGUAAGAUUAUGAUAUGUCCUUCAACUUCAAUAUCAGCAAGAAAAGAAAUGUCGAAUGAAUUAUCAUCUACUUUUAUUAACAAAGAUCAAAGGUCUACAACUGAAAGAACAAAGAAUAAAUCUAGUUCGUCUAAUACUUCGCUGAACACUAAUUUAAUUAAAUCAUCUAGUAUCGAACCAAAUAUUAUUCAAAUAGAAUCAACGGAGAAUAAAUUCAUUACUGAUUUAAAUAAGAAUGAAAAAGAACGAAAUUUAUCAUUACAUUCGUCUAUUGAUCAUGAACAUGUGAAUAUAAUGGUAAAAUCUAGUCUAGCUACUAUGAAUAAACAACAAUCUAUAGCCAAUAGAGGUUCUUCAACUACGAGAAUUACAUCUGUAACUGAUAUGCCCUUGACAAAUUUUGAAGAGAAAUCCAUUGAUGCAUUACAUCAUGUUGAAAAUACUCAUCUUCAUGAACAUUCCUUGAAUAUUCCAUUCGAAUUAAAUAAAUUAAUUGAUAUUAUUUUCGAAUCGAAUUUACGAAAACCAGAUAAUAUUGAAAUUUUGAUGACAAAAUGUAUUGAACUUUUAACUAAUGAAGAACAAAUUAUUGUACCACAACUAGAAGAAGUUCAUUCUCAGCAUAUGAAUGAAGCUAUAUCUAAUACAUUAAAUCUCUUACAAGAAUAUAAAAAACUAACAAUGCCAUUUAUAAUAAACUAUGAGGAUUUAUCAUAUAAUCGACAUAUUUCAAACAUGAUCAAGAUUUCAUCUGAUAGUCAAAUUUCAUUAAAAUUAGUCAAUGAGAACAUGGAACAAACUAUUGAAUCUUCAUCUCAACCUAUUCAAUCCGACAUAGAUUUAGAUUUAAAAAAACAAGUGAACACAUCAGAAUAUCAAGAAACUGUUAGUUCUAUAGAAUAUCGUCCUAUGUCAUAUACUGUUUCGAAUGAAAAGGGAUCAACAGAGUCUUCAAGACAAGACUUCAUUUGUUCAACAAACCAUAUUUCAUUAAAAACCAAAGAGUUAGACGAAGAAUUGGUCACGAAUAAAAAUGAUCUGAAUAAUAUAUCGGAUAUACCUUUGAAAAUAGAAAGUGAAUUAUAUGAUGAUCUAUCUCUAAAACAAUGGCUUGAUGCUCUACUUUCAAAAUUAUCUGAUAACAUCAGUAGAACAUCAAUUAUUGAUCAAACAAAGAUUAAUGUCAAAGAUAAACAAGAAUCUAUUAUUAUGAAACCAGUAGAUGAACAUGUAUCAUCAUUGAAUGAACAACGUUCGAAAUCAUCUAUAUCUAUUAAGGAACGUACAACAAAUAUGAUUGAAACAACUGAUGACAAACACAAUAUACAAUAUGUAACAGAUGUAAUCAUGCUUAAAAAAGAAUAUGCUAUGUCAAUCAUCAUUCCUGAUCAAAUUUUUUCUAUGAUUGAUGAACAUUUUCAAUUAGUUGAAACAAAAUUAUUACAGACGAAAGUAGCAACAGAUUCUAAACAGAUUUUAAAAUCAAAUGAUCAGUUGCUAUCAUCAGUGAAUGAGGAAAAUAUUGAGCAUGUCAACAAAGAACUUUCAAACUUCAAUUAUGAUUUUGAUGAUAAAUUUCAAACGUCUUCUUUCGCUACUCUAUUACAUGCAAAUCAUGUCGAUGAAGAAAAACAAUCUAUAUCAUUUGUUGUUAAUGAUGAAACACCAUCUAUAACCGGUCGAUCUUCAGCUCCUUCAGAUAUUGACUUAUCAGAGCAAUUAAAUCAACUUCAAAUACAUGAAUGGUCCGUAUCUCCAAAACAAUUAGUACCGUCGGAUCUAUCAGAAAGUAAAGAAAAAUUUGAAUCAUCACAAAAAAUAUUACCGAUGUUUGAAUCAGAAGACAUAGUGUUAUCCAAAACUGAUAUGAAUUUUGUUCCAGAAAUAAACACAGAAUCAUCACCAUCGAAUGAUCAAGAAGAAGAGAAAGAAAAAACAAAAUCUAUCUUGUCAUUUUCUUCUGAAGACAAUGAACAUGAAAGUUUAAUAGAAACAAAUGAACCUCAUAUAGACAUUAUAACAUCAUCUAAAUCUUCACAUAUCAAUAAACAAGUAUUCGAUGAACAUACGUCUAUAACUGCUUCAAUAGUAUUUAAUCAUCAGAAUGAAAUUAGUAAACUUCAGCUACCAGUUUCAACAAAAUAUUUCAGUACUUCUAAUGAUAUACAAUCUAAUUCUUUUUUGAUUCACUUGAAUCAUCAAACUAGUACUAUUCCGCAUAAAAAAUCUAUAUCUAAUCAUACUCCAAUGUUAAAUGAAGAGAAAAAUUCACCAAUCAAUUCACAUGAUCAAAACCUUGUAAUAGAAACAUCAAUCCAGAAUAGUGAAGAUAAAAAAUUAUCAAGUGAAAAAAUAGAUAAUGUUACUACUAAUCAUUUUCACGAGUCUACUAUCCUAUCAUUGAAUCAUAAUAUUACACCACAAUCAGUAAAAUCAAUACUUUAUCCAUCAAAAACUACAGUGAAUACCUAUUAA